CUAGCAUCUCUUCCGCGCAGCGCAGACUGUUUUACUCUGUUUGAGAGGGGUGAAGAAAUGGUCGACGCAAAGGGUCGGCUGUCUGGAGUGGACUGACUCGGAUAUUCCCGAUAUUCCCGCGACCAAUACGUUGGAAUACACGGUCCUCUGCGGGGUAUUAACGCGGUGUGGACCGUUUAUCAGAAAGUGAUUACCAAAAGCUGUGAUGCCUUGUCUCUCCAAAGAAUGUGUGUGUUGGAAUUCUGCUGAGCCCAGCAGCAGACAGACCGAGGCUGCCUCGCCCCCCCCUCGUCCCCAUCGGAUGUGUGCGCCGUUCCCAUAGGGAGGGGGGCGCAUUUCAUGCCGCCUCUGACCUGUCCCUAACCUGUCACCUUUGACCCCUCAGGGGUGAAGAAGCCCUGUCGCCCCCCCACCUCGAGCCGCCACCAUGCCGAUCAUCAGCAAUGCCAACCACGACUUCAGCAACCUGUCGCUCAGCGACGACAGCAGCCUGGACCACGUCUUCACCGAGAUCCCCGAGACGGCGACCAUCAAGGGCGAGUACUACAAGCGCGCCAAGCUGGUGCGCCGGCCCGAGGACCUGCUCGCCGUGGACCCGGCCCUGCAGGCGGUCAUCAACGUGGGCGGCAACCGCUACGCCUUCCUCUGGAGCACGCUGGAGCAGUUCCCGCUGACGCGCCUGGGCCGCCUGCGGCCGUCCAGCAGCCCCGAGGAGAUCGCCGGCGUGUGCGACGACUACGACGAGGCGCGCCGCGAGUUCUUCUUCGACCGCAGCCCGUCGGCGUUCCGCGUCAUCCUCAACUUCCUGGCGGCCGGCAAGCUGCGGCUGCUGCGCGAGAUGUGCGUGCUGUCGCUGCACGAGGAGCUGGCCUACUGGGGCGUGGAGAUGGCCUACAUGGAGCGCUGCUGCAAGCGCAAGCUCCUCACGCGCCUGGAGGAGGUGGCCGAGACGGAGCGCCGCGAGGAGGAGGGCCGGCAGUGGGCCGCGCAGCAGCGGCCCCCGGUGGCCGAGACGCGCUACCGCAAGACCAUGGCGGCGCUGCGCGACAUGGUGGAGAACCCGCAGUCGGGCCUGCCCGGCAAGAUCUUCGCCUGCCUCUCCGUCGUCAUGGUGGCCAUCACCGUCAUCAGCCUUUGCAUCAGCACCAUGCCCGACCUGAGAGAGGAAGAGAACAGGGGCGAGUGCUCGCAGAAGUGCAAGCACAUGUUCAUCGUGGAGACGGUGUGCGUGGCGUGGUUCUCGCUGGAGUUCGUCCUGCGCUUCGUGCAGGCGCGCAGCAAGCUGGAGUUCCUGCGCGGGCCCCUCAACAUCAUCGACGCCAUGGCCAUCCUGCCCUACUACGUGUCGCUGGUCGUGGACGAGGAGGACGACCCGUCGCUGGCCGAGCACGAGCGCGGCGGCCGCGGCUACCUGGACAAGCUGGGCCUGGUGCUGCGCAUCCUGCGCGCGCUGCGGAUCCUCUACGUGAUGCGGCUGGCGCGCCACUCGCUGGGCCUGCAGACGCUGGGGCUGACCGUGCGGCGGAGCACGCGCGAGUUCGGCCUGCUGCUGCUCUUCCUGUGCGUGGCCGUCACGCUCUUCUCGCCGCUCGUGCACCUGGCCGAGAGCGAGCUGAGCGCGGCGGGCGCGCAGGACUUCAGCAGCAUCCCGGCCUCCUACUGGUGGGCCAUCAUCUCCAUGACCACGGUGGGCUACGGCGACAUGGUGCCGCGCUCCAUCCCCGGCCAGGUGGUGGCGCUGUCCAGCAUCCUGAGCGGCAUCCUCAUCAUGGCCUUCCCGGCCACCUCCAUCUUCCACAUGUUCUCGCGCUCCUACCAGGAGCUCAAGGCCGAGCACGACCGCAUGCUGAAGGACGAGAUGGCCGCCGCCGCCGCCGCCGCCGCCGACAACGCCUCGGAGGACGACGCGGACGGGGACGGAGGAGGAGGAGGAGGAGGAGGUGGGUGUCCCGACUACCCCCCUCCGGGGCUGUCCGCCACCCCGGACACCGACACCCCCGGUUCCCUGGAGAACAUCUCGCUGCUGGGGAACGGGGCGGAGCGCUCGGGGAGCCUCCGGAACAAUCUCCCGGCCAGCGCCUUCUGAGCCGCUCUCGAGGGUCGGGUGGAGGUUGCGGGACUUAGACUCAGACUGACCAAUCGCCCGAGCAGCUUCCCCCUCAGCCCCGACACACAUACAUACACACACACACGCACACACACACAUACACACACACACACACACACACACACACACACACACACACACACACACACGCACAGAUACACUUGAUCCCCACAGGAUGUGGGACAGAUGGACCCCCCCUCCCUUCUCCAGAUCACCUGCACUGUCCAAGUCUUCCACUCAUCUCUUCCUCAGAGAUCAAAGACACCGAAUCAAAGAGUUCUCCGCCUGUCCAUUUACUCAAGGACACUGGGACUGAAAGGCAAAGGAAUAAGCAAUAAUUUAACGGCCGACCACGUUUUUGUGAGACGCAAACGAGAAGAGAUGGUCUAGUGACCGGGAAUGAACUCCCUUUAAGGAGCUGUGACUCCAAACAACUUCCAAUUUUCACCUCUGCAUUGCUCUUAGGGAUGCUGUCACUGGAUAUAUGAGAUGCCCAAACACAUCCCCUCCCUUCCCCCUUGGCUGUUAAACUGUGCUAACAGGUCCUGGACCAGUUAACAGACCUCAUCUGACCUGACACGGUUUCCUUGAUUGCUCUUCCUAAACCCCCCUCGCUCGAACACGUCACCCGCCAGACAAGAGAGGUCACGGCAUUUGCGGCAGCCUUCUUCAUCCUCUCUGUCUGAGACGGGAGCAAAUUUAAUUGAGUGAACUUUGCGAAAACCCUAGAGAAGGAAAAAAAAGAAAAAAAGAAAUAAAAGCACUCGUAAUCUCAAGGUCUCUGUUGUUCUUCCUCUUAUCUGGCACGGAGGACUUUAAUCCCGCCGUGAUGUUGCACACACGCAGACA